CAGAGGAACAAAAUACGGAACACAAGCUUGAGGUGCGCGCGGAAAAGAGAAGUGCAAUUGAGAACGAGUAGCAGCGAGUAGCCCUGCGUCGCCGUCAAUGCUCCACCCUGCGGACAGUUUCAAAUAAGUACCAUGAACAGGUCAAAGUUAGUCGACAAUCCCUUUCCUUUUAUACCCACUACGAGCCAUGUCUAAUUCGAAGGAAAACGGAUUUCCUGUGCAAUGUCAAUGUAUCCCUUUGGUCAUUGUGGAAGGUUUUCUGGGACGUACUGGGUCGAGAAUCUGGGGCGACUUCGAAACACAUCUCAACCAAGAAUGCUAUCAGUGUAAGCGAAGAGUUAUUUUUGCGCCUGUUGGGCCGGUUAGUUCAUUGCACGAUCGUGCUUGUGAGCUGUACUACUCUCUCGUUGGAGGUACCGUCGAUUAUGGUGAAGAGCACAGUAUUGCUCACGGACAUUCGCGGCAUGGCCGUACUCAUUCCCAAGGGCUAUAUCCUCAAUGGUCACUUGAAAACCCUUUACAUCUUCUUGGGCACUCAAUGGGGGGACCUACAAUAGUAAAACUUCAAUAUCUUAUGAAGCAAGGACAUUUUGGUUCGCUUGCGCAUCCUGACUGGAUACGCUCAAUCAACACCAUAUCUUCUCCGUUCAGAGGUACACAAAUUGUGUAUACUCUGGGCGAGCGUGUAGACGCUGCGCCCAAAGUUCGACCAUUAUCCCCGGGUUCUUUACUUUCUAAAGCUGUUCACGCAAUUUCAUACCUUUCCCCCGUCCUACCUACGCUUUUGGAUCUCCAUACUGAAUCGCGUCGCAUGUCAUACCACGACAUCAGUAUAGUUUGCUUAUUGAGGCAGCUCUGGAAGUCGGAUUGGGCUGAGAGCCAAGAUGCGGCCCCCUUUGACGUGACGUUCGAAUCCGCAGACAAACGAGAAGCAAAUCUAGAGGGUCAGCCCUAUCCUCGAACAUUUUAUCGGAGUUGUGCGACUUAUUUGACAGAGAAAUGCGAAGAAGAUAGGAAUUUACAUACAGUCCAUUUCAAGUCACUGUCGUUCCCACUGAUUUCUCCACUCUCGCUUUUGGCGCGGGCAAUCGGCUCCUUCGACUUUUCGACCAUUCGACCGGUUCCGUCGUUUUUGGAAGAACGCGGCUUAUCUCCAAUCGAUACCGAGCAAGAUUUGUUCGCCUCCGACUUUCAAAAGACCCUCCCUGAAGAGUAUUGGGCAAACGACGGUGUGGUACCGUUGUUCUCGCAAUGGCAUCCGGCUUCUUGCAGUUCAACUCGUUGCCAGCAUGGAGAAACAAAAUCACCUGCGCCUGGCAUCUGGUACGUAGAACAGUGGGACAAUACCUCGCAUUCAUCACUAGUGCCCCUGUGGGUGGCGUCAGAUUGCCAAAAGCAGUAUUGGUUGAAAUUGGGGCGUUGGUUGCGAGCCAUUGAGUCACAAAAUGAAUCUGAUAUCGUUACUAGUACAAGUUGAAAAUGCUAUUUUUGUGUUCCUAGAAUUGUCUGUACUGCUCUAGAGAGAAAGUGUGCGUGUUCGAGGAGGUAGAGGAGUGUAGAGGAGUAUAGAUGGGAACGUUUUAGAAUUAGGGAUUAACGAAAUCAACGACAAAGGAUAACAUACAUCAAAAUCGAAAGCGAAAGUAAAAAGAAAACGAAAAAACAA